GGGAUCGUGGCUUACAACAGCCGGAGCCGGAGCAAGGAGCCGCUCGUACUGGCCGCGGAAGGAGUGGCGACCUGGUACAGCUGCGGGCCGACAGUGUACGACCAGGCACAUCUCGGGCACGCCUGUCCUGACGUGGUGAGGACCCUGCUUUUGGAGGGGUCAGGAGAUCUGCUCUGGCUCUUGCAGUGUGUCUUCCAUCAAUUCAGUUGGAAAAUCAGAGGAGAGGGAACACUGUAAAAUUUGUGUCUGCUCUGGGAACUAGUACUGCAGGGCUGCUGAAUCUAAUAUUGAGCUGUUGAUGCUGGCAUUGUUCCCCGGAACAGGGUCCAAAGACAAAUUUAAUAUUGUUAUGGAAUCGUGUUGCCACAUUAGACGAAGGUUACUCCCAGUGAGCUGGUAUUCAUUAAAAACUGUCUCCCUGACAGCAUGUGCCCCUUACAUAAAGCAUUUUUCAACAUGGGCAUAGUGCAAACAACAGUAAGUAUUUUUCUUCAUCAAGAUAUUACAUAUCCAUAAAUCUGAACCUUAAUGCCACUUGGUCCCUGCUGCUAAGGGAUACAAAUCCAUUUCCAGUAUUUUCUUACACUUCUUUGUUCUGACAGCCAAGGGAGUUGUAGUUCGUACAGUGCUGCAGGUGAAAUGGGAACCUGUAGCUCUGCAAGUCUCUUUUCAGGCUCCUUUAUCUCCAAAGCCAGUGCAGGCUGAGGAUUCUCGUUGCCUUCCAGGGCAGACCCAGAGCCUCCAGUCACCUUUUAAUAUUUCGCCUGAUAACUGGGUUUUACUUGGUCAAAGUGUGUUUUGAGAAUUACAAGUGGAGAGACUGUGAGCAGCACAAGAGGCUGCCACAGCCCUGUACAGCUUGUAGGUACAUCAUUAUUCUCGAGUGUAAAUAAAAUAGCCACCAGAGCCUCCCUUCUUUGCUAUCAGAAAAGAUCUGUGGUGGUGUGUGAAUGAAAUAGUUUCUUGGUGGCUGGUAGCUGUAGUUGUUACUCAACCCCAGGCAAAGUUCAUUUGAACCCUGUUUUAUUUCUUCCCGUUCUUCUGUCCUGUGGCUUUUGAAAACCAAGUUGUCCUCAUGGGGGACUUCAACUUGCCUGAUGUCAACCGGGAAUAUCAGACAGCUGGCACGAACAUGUCCAGAAGAUUCCUAAAGCAUCUGGUUGAUAACUUCUUGGUACAGAUAAAAAGAGAACCUACCAAGAAAGCUCCUAUGUUAAGUUUGAUAUAAUUCGAAGGAUAAUGACUAGAUUUUUUGGAAUUGAAGUUAUCAUGGUGAUGGGAAUCACAGACAUAGAUGACAAGAUAAUAAAAAGAGCUAAUGAGAUGAACAUAUCGCCAAUAGCUCUUGCUCGUAUUUAUGAAGAGGACUUUAAACAAGAUAUGGCUGCCUUAAAGGUCCUUCCUCCUACAGUGUAUAUGAGAGUGACUGACAAUAUUCCUCAGAUAAUUUCCUUUAUAAAAACAAUAAUUGCUAGUGGACAAGCUUAUGCAACCUCGCAAGGCAAUGUUUAUUUUGAUGUUAAGUCUUGGGGAAAAAGAUAUGGAGUGUUAACUACUAUUCAUCCUGCUGCUCAAGAUGAAGCAGUUGGUACUGAUAAACGACACAGUAAAGAUUUUGCCCUGUGGAAGGCUGCCAAACCUCAAGAGUUAUCUUGGACUUCUCCCUGGGGAAAAGGAAGACCUGGAUGGCACAUUGAGUGUUCCACAAUAUCAAGUGCAGUGUUUGGAAAGCAGCUGGACAUCCAUACUGGUGGAAUAGAUCUUGCAUUUCCUCAUCACGAAAAUGAAAUCGCACAGUGCGAGGCCUAUCAUCAGUGUGAGCAAUGGGGGAAUUACUUUUUGCAUUCUGGGCACUUGCAUGUUAAAGGAAGUCAAGAAAAAAUGUCCAAGUCAUUGAAAAACUACGUAACAAUUAAGGAUUUCCUGAAGAAAUUUUCAUCGGAUCAAUUCAGGAUGUUUUGUUUGCGCAGCAGAUACAGCUCAGCGGUAGAAUUUAGUGACGAGAGCAUGGAUGAUGCAAAGAACCUUCUUCAGGCAAUCUCCUCAUUUAUUAAAGAUGCAGAUGCUUAUAUAAAAGGACAGCUGGUAUGUGCCCCUGUAAAAGAAGACAUACUGUGGGAAAGGCUAGCCAACACAAAAGUAACCGUGAAGGCUGCGUUUGCAGAUGACUUUGACACCUCCAGGGCUGUUGCAGCAAUUAUGGACCUCAUUCACCAUGGCAACAGACAGCUUAAGGCUGUUACUAAGGAUGCUGGAUCUCCUAGAAGCUCUGUUGUGUAUGGAAGCAUUAUUUCCUAUAUAGAAGGCUUUUUUAAUGACCUUGGGAUGUCCUUUGGAGAAAAACAGGUGGCUCUGGGAGGAGGCGACUCGGCUCUGCUCUCCAGCGUCAUUGAGGAGCUGGUCAGGUUCCGCGCCAAGGUCCGUCACUACGCGCUGGCUCUGCCAGACGCAGCGGCAGAAGCCGUGCCGAUGGAGGGUGCCGUGGGAACCAAGGGAGCACAUCAGGAACAGAAGGCAAAGAGGCAGCAGUUACUGCAGGAGAGAAAACCCCUCCUGGAGGCCUGUGACAGCCUGCGUGGAGACCUUGCUGCCUUUGGAAUCCACAUAAAGGACAGAGCUGCAGUUUCAACCUGGGAAAUGGUGGAAGGCAGGCAAGCAGAGCCCCAGACUGAGAAAAAAAGCUGAUCCUUCAUCCUUGGACUUGUUUUGUUUGUUUCAGCUGCUUUGGCAACACUUGUAAAUAGUAACUUUCUAAAUAAAGGUCUUUGGAACACAA